CGUGACAGUUGGAGCCGAGCAUGCGCAGUAAUCUUUUCUCUUUGGCAGCAACAACAACAUACUGAGGAGAUCCAGUCAGUCUCGCCCCUCCGCUCUCAGCAGCAUCAUCAUCGUCGUCCCCGCCGGGUCCGGUGGCAGAGAGGAUGGUCCAGCGGAAAAGCAGCCGAGGGUGCGAAUGACAGUGAUAAGAUAAUGGCCCUCGAUUUUCGCAGGUUUCCGAGUGUGGGACUAGUGACCAAGUGAAACGACCGUGGCAGGAAAACACUGAACCAUGUUGCCCUAAGUUGUGACCUGUGGUGAACGGGGGAGGAGGAAGAGGAGGAGGAGGAGGAGGGAGGUGUAGGCAGGCAGGCAGGCAGGCAGGCAGGCAGACGGGCAUCUGCCACAGCUCCCUUUAGGCGGCCUUUUACAAGCUUGAAGCCAUGGGCAACACAGCCACCAAAUUCCGCAAGGCCCUGGUGAGCGGCGACGAGGCCCUGGCCUGGCAGCUGUACGAGGGCAACCCUCAGUUCAGGGACGGCUUGGACCCGAACGCAUCAUAUGGAGAGCAGUACCAGCACAACACGGCCCUGCACUACGUCUGCCGCCAUGCCAUGACACGUCUGCUCAGGUCUUUCCUGUUCAGCAAAGAGGGGAACCCCAACAAGCGGAACGUUCACAACGAGACGUGCCUCCAUGUGCUGUGCCAAGGCCCGCAGAUCCUACUGCUGCCAGAGGGAGCGCUGUCACCGCGACUGGCCCGACCUCAGAGGGACGAGCAACGCCGUGCAGACUGCCUGCAGAUGAUCCUAAGCUGGACGGGGGCCAGGCUGGAGGGAGGCCAGUACGAGAAGGCCAAUGUCAACGCCACCGACAACCACCACAGCACCUGUCUGCACUACGCUGCAGCUGCAGGCAUGAAGAGCUGUGUGGAGCUGCUAAUCCAGAGCGAGGCGGACCUUUUUGUGGAGGAUGAGGACAAGUUGACGCCAUGUGACCACGCCGAGCGCCAUCACCACACCGAGCUGGCCCUCAGCCUGGAGUCACAGAUGGUUUUUUCCUCCUCUUCAGCUCAGCAGUCAAACACAGACGCACAUGGUGAAACCAACCUGCUGCAGUACAAGGAGCCUUAUGAGGGACUGAAGCUUCAGGACCUGCGCAGGCUGAAGGACAUGCUGAUUGUGGAGACGGCGGACAUGCUGCAAGCCCCCCUUUUCACUGCUGAAGCCCUGCUCCGAGCACAUGACUGGGACAGAGAAAAGCUUCUGGAGGCCUGGAUGUCGGAUGCCGAGGGCUGCUGUCAGCGAUCGGGCGUGGCCAUGCCCACCCCACCUCCCAGCGGCUACAAUGCCUGGGACACCCUACCCUCACCCCGCACCCCUAGGACCCCACGCUCACCCCUCACACUCACCCUCACCUCCCCCACGGACAGCUGCCUCACACCUGGAGAGGAGGGCCUGGCUACGUGUGGAAUCUGUCUCUGCUCUAUCUCAGUCUUUGAGGACCCAGUGGACAUGUCCUGUGGCCAUGAGUUCUGCAGAGCCUGCUGGGAGGGGUUCCUCAAUGUAAAGAUUCAGGAGGGUGAUGCACACAAUAUCUUCUGUCCUGCGUAUGAGUGCUAUCAGUUGGUGCCAGUGCAUGUGAUAGAGAGUGUGGUUUCCAGGGAGAUGGACCAGCGAUACCUACAGUUCGACAUCAAGGCAUUUGUGGAGAACAAUCCUGCCAUCCGCUGGUGUCCCGCGGCACGUUGCGAGCGGGCAGUGAGGCUCACCCGACCAGGCCCCGGGGACAGCGACCCACACAGUUUCCCACUGCUGCCCUCACCAGCUGUCGAUUGUGGCAAGGGUCACCUCUUUUGCUGGGAGUGCCUUGGCGAGGCCCACGAGCCAUGUGACUGUCAGAUGUGGAGGAACUGGCUCCAGAAAGUCACAGAGAUGAAGCCUGAGGAGCUGGCAGGUGUUAGCGAGGCCUAUGAGGAUGCUGCUAACUGCCUGUGGCUGUUGACCAACUCAAAACCAUGUGCCAACUGCAAGUCACCCAUUCAGAAGAAUGAGGGCUGCAACCAUAUGCAGUGUGCCAAGUGUAAGUAUGAUUUCUGUUGGAUCUGUCUGGAGGAGUGGAAGAAGCACAGCUCAUCAACAGGAGGCUACUAUCGCUGCACUCGCUAUGAGGUCAUCCAACAGCUAGAGGAGCAGUCCAAGGAGAUGACUGUAGAGGCAGAAAAGAAGCACAAAAGUUUUCAGGAGCUGGACCGUUUCAUGCACUAUUACACUCGCUUCAAGAACCACGAACACAGUUAUAAGUUGGAGCAGAAGCUGCUGAAAACCGCUAAAGAGAAGAUGGAGCAGCUGAGCAGAGCCUUCAUUUGCCGUGAAGGCACUCCUCCAGACACACGGUUCAUCGAGGACGGUGUGUGCGAGCUGCUGAAGACGCGGCGCGUGCUGAAGUGCUCUUACCCAUACGGCUUCUUCCUGCAGCAGGGCAGCACCCAGAAAGAGAUAUUUGAGCUCAUGCAGACCGACUUGGAGAUGGUUGUGGAGGAUCUGGCGCAGAAGGUGAACCGGCCGUACCUGAGGACGCCAUGCCACAAGAUAAUCAGUGCAGCUCGCCUGGUCCAGCAAAAGAGGCAGGAGUUUUUGGCAUCAGUGGCCCGUGGCGUGGCUCCCAACGACUCCCCUGAGCUUCCCCGCAGGAACUACCCUGGAGGAUCAUGGGAUUGGGAGUACCUUGGCUUUGCCUCUCCUGAGAUGGGGAGUCGUCACUCUGUGCUGGGAGCGGGAGAUCCAAGAGAGAGACAGUCACAGGAUUAUGCUGACAUCCAGUACCGGCGCAGACACAGGCCACGGCGCAGAGGAGACAUGCUGAGUCUGCACAACCUUAGAAGCAGCAGCAACACACCAGAGACCAGCAGAAGGAGCGACAACACAGAAGGUCCAGAGAGGAGCGAGGGCCGUAGGAGAGUGCUUGGCUCGCUGGAUGAAGACGAUCCCAACAUCCUCUUGGCCAUCCAGCUGUCUCUCCAAGAUUCCCGCAGAGAGCGAGGCCUGGAGGGAGCCCUGGAGAGAGGGAUGGAGGGGAGAGCGGAGCUGGAGCGCGGACUGGUGGACAGAGGACAGGAGAGGAGGCCGGGUCCUGCGGUGGACCUGGGCGACGUUUCUUUGCACUCCCUCAACACGGACGGCCCUCCGGGAGCCAGGGGCUCCUCCUUCCCCGCCGCUCUCCUGGAUCCUCCUCGCCCCCCCAACAGGACAGACUCCACCUCCCAGCCUCCCACGUCUAACCCUCUCCCCCUCCCUCCCCCGCCUCCUUCUCUCAGUGCGGAGCUGCUGGAGCUGGGAGACAGCCUUAUGAAACUAGGGAACAUAACCACUCCUUAUGACCUGGACACACACACCCAGGAGCAGCUCUGCUCGCACCACACAUACAACCACAGUAAUCUCACCACUCCCUACAUCGCUGAACCUGCUUUCAGCAACUGCAGCCAUAGACAAGACCAGAGUGCACUGACCGCUCCGUAUGUGCUCGACCACAUUGCCAUCACGGGUCCCCGUUAUGACAGCAAAGAGCAGAGUUACUGCCACUCCAGUGCUUAUUUGGCUGAGGCCGAACACACUGCCUGCGCACUAGAAUGCACCCAAAACCCCACCCAGAACCCUGCCCAUCCUAGUGCAUAUAACCGGGAACACGCAGCCACCUAUGACAGCACCCCAAAACCAGACAGCUCUUACAAACCCUGCCCAGAACACAGUAGCUCUUACACUCAGGAGCGUCCUGCCGCCUACGCUCUCGAGCGCCUGCCCAAAACAGACCCCCAGCCCCCCGCCCAGUUGUGCCUCCCGUCUCCAGAGCUCGAGCCGGAGCUGCUGCUUUCACCGGUCAUCCCCCCAGGGGGCCCUUUCACCCCCAGCGACCCCCAGAGUCUGGAGGCCCUGGACCCCACAGCCAGUGCCCAGCUGCUGGACAACAUCAUGGCCUGGUUUAACAACAACAUCAACCCCCAGAACAACCCCCAGAGCCUGGCCCUCAUCCCCUCCCCGCCCACCACAGAAACCGACUCAUCCCCCGACACCCACACCGAGACUGAAUCAGAGAGCCAGACCUCCGUGGGCAGUACCCCAGCCCCGCUCUGGCAGCCCCUGGAGGGCGAGCCAGAAACAGACAGAGGGUCAGCGAGCCCCUGUUUAGGUGCUGCCGGUGCGGAGGGCCCCAAGACGAGGCCCAGCACUCUGGAGCUGGAAAACAGAGAGGCUCGCGAGGAGUGUGUGGACGCAGGGUGUGUGGCGGACCUGUCGCUGGACGAAGCGGUCACACACCCGUGCUCACACUCCCAAUGUGGAAACAGUCCUGCACAUACUGCCCCGGCCACGGAGAGAGACUUAGACCUUGUCCUUCAGCUAGAGGUGGACCAAUCGCCUGAGGAGUGGGAGGAGCAAGUGCACCUGGUGUGACGUGAUGUGAUGUGAUGUGAGAGAGAAAGAUGAGCCAACUAUAGGAAGAGAAAGAGAUGAGAAAAAGUGAUGAAAGUGAAAGAGGAAAGAAAAUGAACGACAGGAAAAGUAGAGCGAAGCACUAAGGGAAAAUUAUAGCAGUGACGCCUUGGUGAAAGGUGUAGAUCUUUGGGGUUGGAGUGUUUACUGUAUGUAUUAUACUGUAUCUAGAGAGGACAUAAAGCCCUGCAGACUUUGUCCAGUAAAGAUGAUGUCAUACGCAGUUUAAUUUUUUUAAAGCGCUUUUGUCUGCUGUAAAAACAGACAAACUAUUCUUUGAAAACAAACGAGUGUUAAAAACCGAGUACAUCGAUGAAAAGCUACUGAUAUCAUCAUAACACAUAAAAUGCUGCACAUGUUUUUGUUUUCUUAUUUUAUUUAUUCCCUGCCUCUCGUUAUUCGUCUUCUCAGUUUGUUCAGGGUGAAGUUUUGGUGCUGCUGAAAUCCAAACUUGCCUCGUACACCCACACUUUUAUUACCACACUGACCCAACCACGAGCCUGUUUGGAGCUCUGAGAGCCAAAAAACACGAUGAUAACUGUAACGUCGGAGCUCGUUAGCGUACUGUACAAUCAGAGGGGCCUAAUUCAGAUUUUUGGACCUUCAUGCACACUGUGCCUGCUUUGAUAAGAGAGCCAACACACUACUGAUCUUUUCCUUUCGGUAGGCUGCAGAAGAACCACCACACACCUGUCUGCUCGGUAAACCAGUACGAUGUGCUUAUCUGGAUUUUUAUGACCGUAACAGUUCUUUUGUAAUAGAUGAUGUAACAGGAUAAAUUGACUUGUCCCUCUGCACAGUGAGGUCAGAGGUCAGAGGUCAGUGCCCGCUGCAGAGCAGCUGUAGGAAUUUGAUGUCUUGCUCAAAGGCAUCACGGGUGCUUGUUUUCUUUUGUUUUCAUUUUUCCCGCUCACUGCACCAUCCUGCUCCUCAUUCCAUGUGCUUCUUUGUAUCAGAGAUGAGUUUCAUAAAUAUCUCAGUAUUUUACAGUUGCUUUGGCUCAGUUUCCCACAACUCUUUCAGUCUGCAGAGCACUUAACACUAAAUGCUGUACGCACACACAAUGAAGACAUCUCUGUGACAUUAGGUGAUUAUGUUUAUCAGAGGAUCAAAGUUGAAUUUUAAUCAGUGUUACAUUUAAAAAUAAAAUUGUCAUUAUCAAAUAA